GGUACACGCGCCCUACCUCGGAGUGUGUGGCGCCAUGUUGCAGAGGAGAUGGCUUCGUUUCAGAAGCUAACACUUUCUGAAAAAGUGCUGCCAAAUCAUGCCAGUCGGAAAAAGGUUAACUUCCUAGAUAUGUCUCUAGAUGACAUUAUAAUCUAUAAAGAGUUAGAAGGGACAAAUGCUGAAGAAGAAGAAAAGAAUAAAAGACAGAACCAUAGUAAAAAGGAAUCGUCUUCAAGACAGCAAUCAAAUGCUCAUAGACAUCACCAUCGGAGAGGCUACUCAAGAUGCAGGAGCAACUCUGAGGAAGGAAAUCAUGAUAAAAAACCAUCCCAAAAACCUUCUGGAUUCAAGUCUGGACAACACCCUUUAAAUGGGCAACCUUUAAUUGAGCAGGAGAAGUGCAGUGACAAUUAUGAGGCCCAAGCAGAGAAGAAUCAAGGCCAAUCAGAGGGGAACCAGCAUCAAUCAGAAGGAAAUCCGGACAAAUCAGAAGAAUCUCAGGGCCAACCAGAAGAAAAUCAUCAUUCUGAGCGAUCCCGAAACCACUUAGUGAGAUCUCUUUGUCAGUCAGACAGAUCUCAAGGGCAACUAAAGAGACAUCAUGCCCAAUCUGAGAGAUCUCAUGGCCAAUCCAAGAGAUCUCAUGGUCAAUCUGAGAGAUCUCAUGGCCAAUCCAAGAGAUCUCAUGGUCACUCAGAGAGAUCUCAUGGUCACUCAAAGAGAUCUCAUAGCCAGGGAGAUCUUGUCACUCAGAGUGAUCUCAUAGCCACUCAGAGAGAUCUCAUAGCCACUCAGAAAAAUCUCAUAGCCACUCAGAGAGAUCUCAUAGCCACUCAGAGAGAUCUCAUAGUCACUCAGAGAGAUCUCAUGGCCACUGAGAGAGAUCUCAUGAUCAAUCAGGGAGAUCUCAUGGCCAGUCAGAAAGACAUCAGAGAUACUCAGCAGGUAAAAAUACAAUGACUUCUUAAUCAUCAGAGCAAUGUGUUGAAUUCUAUGGAAAUAGAAAAGCAUAUAUCUAUAUUCUAAUGGCUAAAUAUGUAUUUGUUGAAACAGAUGUAUAUUGGGACAAAGACAUAAAUGUUAGAAUGGAGGUAAUACAUACAUGGUAUCAAUAUUCUUUCAACUUGAUUUCUUCUAAGCUAUCAUCCAGUUACCCAAGAUGUCCCAUUAAGUUGUUCCCGGUAGGUCUGCUUUCCCUGGAAGAGCCCUAUGUAUUCAGCCUUUCCUAUUGGGCCUUCCCCACAAUUAGAAUAUUUUGACUUAGUGUCCUGUCCCCCUUGGACAUUCCAACUUGACUUAGUGUCCAAUCCCCCUUGGACAUUCCAACCUGGUAGGUAAGCUAAUCUAACAACUAACUGCCAAAUUGAUAAUAUAUAAUCUAUGAUAAUGAAUAUCUCUGUUUUCCACUUGUGUCUCCUUCCUAAGCCGUCCUCAGAGAGUCCUUAGCAGACAAAUGGUAGAUGUAUCUUUGGGCAGCUGAACUUUUCUGCUUUCCUCAAAUCAGACCAUAGGAGAGGAUAUAUUCUAUGCAUAGAUGUAAUGCUAACCUUCUGAAUAUAUUUUGAAUACAUUUAUGUAUUCACUGUUGCCUUAUAAAACUGUUAGGGUAGGUCUGUCUACCCUAGCAAAAGAAACAGAAAUUUAAAUGUACUGGGAGUUAUGUUUUUAAAAACACAAGAUAUGUUAAUUGCAAUUUGUUUGGUUAUUCAAUAAAAGUUUUAGUUUUAAUUUCUCAGUGA